AUGUUUGCUAGAUAUAUUAAGAAAUGUAGAUCUCUAAGAUGCUUUAGUACAUUACCUGAACAAAGUUCUGCUGAUAUAAAAAAACUUCCUCAUAUCCCUGUUAUGAUAGAGGAAGUUUUAAGUUAUUUGAAACCUUCAAAUAAAAAUGUAGUAAUGGAUAUGACUUUCGGAGCUGGUGGUCAUAGUCGUCGUAUUUUAGAAUGUGCCCCAAAAAUAAAACUAAUAGCUCUUGAUAGAGAUCCCUUGGCUUCACAUUAUGCUGAACAAUUAGCAGAAGAAUUUCCUCAUCAAGUAGUACCAUUACUUGGACGUUUCUCUGAUUUACCUAAGCUACUUCAAUCUAAAGGCAUACCACAAAAUUCGAUAGAUGGCAUACUGUUUGAUUUUGGAUGUUCAUCUAUGCAGUUUGAUGAUGGAAAAAGAGGUUUUUCCAUAUCGGAAAAUGGUCCUCUAGACAUGAGAAUGGAUGGGAAUAGAUUUCCAGAUUCUAUAAGAGCAGCGGAUGUUGUUGCUAAAGCAACAGAAGAGGAUCUUUACAAAAUAAUCAAAACAUAUGGUGAAGAAAAGCAAGCUAGAAAAAUAGCUAGAGCCAUUGUAGAAGCACGAUAUAUGUUCAAGACCCUAACGACAACACAAGAAUUAUCAGAUAUAGUAAAAUCUGUUUGUAUAGAAGAUUUCAGAUUGGAUAAAUUACAUCGUGAAACGCAUGUAGCUACAAAAACUUUCCAAGCUCUUAGAAUUUUUGUUAACAACGAAUUGAAUGAAAUGAAUUAUGGAUUAAUUCUAGCCCACAGAUAUUUGAAGUUAGGAGGUCGAAUAGUAACGAUUACGUUUCAUUCAUUAGAAGAUACAAUUGUAAAGAGACACUUAACUGGAAAUAUGUUGGGACAUACUGUUAAUCCACUUCCAUUAAGGUUUAGUAACCAAUCACUUUCUGUAAGCGAAGAAAUAGUCAAACAUAUCAUGGAACCGCAGUGGAAAAUGCUACAUCAACACGUUAUAACACCUAAGUAUGAAGAAGUAGAGAAUAAUCCUAGAAGUAGAUCUGCCAAAUUGCGAGCAGCUGUUAAAAUCAGAUAGUUAUGUAUAAAUAAAUAAAUACUUACACAAGAUCAAAUUUUUAUGUUUAUCUGGUAUUUAUUUAGCGCUAAUCUCCAAUACAUGAUUCUUCCGUCGUUACACAGAUUAAUAAAAGUCAUGGUUGAUAUAUUUUUACUUUAUUUUACUGACUAAAGAUCAAGAUAAAAUUUUUCUAAUCCAUUUUACGAAAUUAAUUAGUUAGUUAUGAAAUUUGAUUGGAAUUACUAAAUAUAUAAAUAAGUAUAUCAAUAAGAAACUUAUCAAAUAAUUAUUUUUUUUAUAUUGCAAGGUCAAGUGACAACAAUUAUACAGUGUGUACUGAAUAAAUACACCACCUAGUUGAGUUCACUUCACAGAACAGGUGCUUCAAUCCUGUUUCCACUUGAUAGUGGUUCUUUGAUCGAUCUUCUUUCAACUGAGGAAAGAGCCACUGUAAGGUAUCCAGAUAAGAAUAGCUAGUAGUCAAUUUGGGAGAGUCUCUUUGCACUUAAAUGAUAUUUUCAUAUCGAAUCAGCAUCUCCACUAACUUGAACGAUCUAUGACUUGAUAGAGAAAAUCUUCAUCGUCAUCGAACAACGAUAAGUACUAGUUGUAAAUGUUAAACUCUCCGAAACGUUUGGGUUACACGUAGCCAAUUCUCGCAAUCUGAAUCCCUUAAAGGUAACCCACAAAACUUGAGUAGCAACUCAAUUUUGAUCCUGAUACGUACUGUAAUACGUGAUAAAACAUAUCUAAGUAUCAUUUGUUUUAUACAAUUAUUGACCAAAACAUUGAGCUUUAUUUAAAAGACAAAAUUUAUGCGAGAAAAUAUUUUUGGAAUUUAUUUUGCUGUAAACAUCAGAAUUGAGUUUAAGUUGGUGCAGUUUAAGCUGGCAAUAUUGUAGUAUUUAAUAAGUUACGAAAUAAUCUCUGAACAGUAACGUUUAGUGCUAGUUAUUAGUCGCUGUAUAUCUCUUAUGUAGUUGUAAUAUAUUUCAAAUAAAUUUGAAAUUAACU